UCUAGGCGCCGCCAUUUUGCUUCCUCCAGUCUCCUUGGCGACGGGCCUUUCGUCCUCCUCCGUGGGAAAGGAAAGAUGUCUUCGUCGAGGCCGGGCUCGUCCUUAGAAGACCUGGACUUGACGGGGGAGGAGGCGGCGCGCCUGGCGAAGGCCUUCCAGGACGAGGAGUUCAAGCGCCUGUUCGCGGAGUACGCGGCGGAGCUGUCGGACCCGGCCCAGCGCGCGACUUACGAGGCGGAGGUGUGCGCCUUGGAGCGGGAGCGCGGCGUGGAGGCCCGCUUCCUGCACCCGGAGCCCGGCUGGGCCCUGAGGACGAGCCUGGGCGGCGCGCGGAAGUGCUACCUCAACAUCUGCGCCAACGCUUUAGUAGGCAAGCCCGAGGCGGAGGCGGAGGUAGGCCGCAGGGGCUGCACGUGGCGCCUGCCGCACUGCCUGUCUCCCGGGAGGGAGGAGCUCGGCCGGGGAAGGCCUCCCGGAGGAGAGCCGCGCCGCUGCCUGGUCUACGACGUGCUCUUCCACCCGGAGGCCCUCCGCCGCGCACGGAGGGAGCCCCGCUUCCGGGAAGUGCUGCACCAGACCGCGCUCGAGGCCGUGGAGAAGCACUUCGCGCCCCAAGGCCUGGACAGGGCCAACGCCAGGGUCCUCCGCGGAGUCAAGUACAAGGGCGUCCCGCAGGCCUCGCUGCUUAGAACACCGCUGCCUCGGAGAGAAGGAGGAGAACAAGGAGAAGGAGGGGGACCCCCUUCGCCACUCCCACCCUUCCCCACGCCUUACACCUACCCCCCUCCACCUCCGGAAGUGGAAACCGAGCUCAGCCCAGCCCCAGAGGAGUCCCCUGCUUUCACCACCCCACGCUGGACCCUCCGCCACCGCUCCUUCCUGGACCUCCAGGACUUCCGACCUGACUCCACGCCCACAACUGUUCCCCGCGAGUUGGAGCUCUCAGUUGAGCUGCCGCUCCUCCGCUCUGCUGCUCAAGCCCACCUCGAGGUACAAGGCAAGCUCCUGGAGCUCGACUCCCCCAAACCGGCCGCAUACAAGCUCCGCCUGACGCUGCCUUACGCCGUGGAUGAGGCCGCAGGGAAAGCCACCUUUGACAAGGCUGCGCGGAGGCUCGUCGUCACACUCCCCGUCCUCACCCCCACCGUGCCCACAAGCCCCUUCUCCGGAGAAGCACCACAGGAAGAAGAGAAAGGCUGCUCAGGACUUCCUUCUUGUAAACAGGAGCCUCUUCUGGACACCCAUGUGACUGCUUCUGGUUCUCCUCCGCGCUCCCAGGAAAGCCAUCUUGAACUUAUUCUUCCUCUUUCUCAAAAACCAGAACUUCCGGUUGAUGUGGAAGAAGAGGCGGGAUCUCCGGAACCGGGCACUGAAGUCAUGGAUAUGAGGCCUCUGUCGUCACUUCUGGCUGGGCAAGAAGAGGCUAGCUUAGUCUCUGAAGCUACAAAGAAAGUGAUGAAUCCCUUGGAACUUCUAGCACCUGCAAGAAGCAUCGACCACGUGGGUCUGUGUGUCUCUGAAGCAGUGGCUCCUCUGUCACUUCCGGCGCCUGUCACUCCUUUCAGUCACGUGGGUUUGUGUGUGUCUGAAGUCAGUGAAGUAGUGAGCUCUCCGUCACUUCCGGAGGCUUCUACCAGCAUCCAGCAUGUGGGUCUAAGUGUUUCUGAAGCAGUGAGUCCUUCACUUUCAGCACCUGCCACUCCUGUCAGCCACGUGGGUCUGUGUGUCUUGCCAGAAGAGGCAAGUUCUGCCUCUGCCCCUCCUUCAGUUCCUCCGCCUGCUGCUCAUGCAGAGGAAGAGGCGGGAUCUCCAGAACUGGGCACUGAAGUCAUGGAUGUGACGCCUCUGCCAUCGCUUCCAGCCAGGCAAGAGAAGUCUGGCUCAGCCUCUGAAGCUACAAAGGAAGUGAUUAAUCCCUCAGAAGCUCCAGCGCCUGCCAACAGCAUCGAAAACAUAGGUCUGUGUGCCUCUGAAGUCAGUGAGGCAGUGGGUAUUUCAUCACUUCCAGCAUCUUUCAGCCAUGUGGAUCUAUGUGUAUCUGAAGUCAGUGAAGCAGUGAGUUCUCCAUCACUUCCGGUGGCUUCCACCAGCAUCCAUCACGUGGGUCUGAGUGUUUCUCAGUCACUGAGUCCUUCACUUCUGGCACCUGUCACUCCUGUCAGCCACUUGGGUCUGUCUGUCUUGCCAGAAGAAACAAGUUCUGCCUCUGAAGCCAUAGAGGAAGUGGCUCCUCCUUCACCUGCUACCCAUGCCAACUACGUGGGUCUUCAAGAGAUGGAGCAGCCCCCAAAUGCCCUUGGCACUGUUCCACAAGAGGACCCUGUGGCUCCUGCCUUGUGCGCCAGAGACAUCCCUUCUGCUCCUGGCCCUGCUCUGACGCCUCCUCCCGCAAGGCCAUUACCCUGCCCCGAUGACCCUACCAAGCCCACCACCAGCCCUUCAGCUCCACUGUGCCCCCCUUUCUGUUGCACCCAGGAUGAACAGACUGUGACCCUCCUCCUGCAGGUGCACAGCGUGGCCCCCCAAAGCCUCCAAGGGGAAGGGGGCACCAACCACUACAGCGUCCAUUUCAGCAGCCAGGACUCUGCUUCUUACAGCAUCCUCUGGCAGUUCCUUCCAGAAAACACAUUGGCUCAUCCCAAGGCGGACAUCAGUGUCUCUCCCAAUAACAUCGUCAUUGUCCUGUCCAAGUCUCCAGAGACCCGUGGACUCUGGACUAAGCUCUAUUUCGGCCCAAAUACUGACACCUUGCAGGAAAGGUGGUUUGUCACUGAAAACAAUGUGGAUCAGAUUCUGAGCAGCCUGCCCUCCGCCUCCAGCUCUGUUCAGAAGGAAGAGCUGCCAUUGAUUGAAGUGUUGGAUAUUUCUGAGGACAAAAGUCAGAUCAGAUUAAAGGCCCAGGGACCCAGGGCAGAGAGCGGUGAAAAAGGCAAUGGCUGCAAACCUUCAACCGAGGCAGAAAACGGCCUCGUAGAAUCUCAGAGGGUUUCAGGCUCGCCUGCAACCCUGGCAACAACGGGACAAGUUGGCAAGGGGCCCAGCCAUUGUUCGGCACUUGACCCCUGUGAUCCCGGCCCAUCAGCAAUUCCUCAGGAAGAAUCACAUGAGUCAGAACUUUCUUCCCCGGUGAGCAAAAGAGCCCCGUCCGCAACACAAUCCCAGCCCAGUUCAGGGAGACCGGCCCAGACAGGAGAGGAGGAAGAAAGGCACCCAAAUGCUGCAGAAAACAAACACGGGGCCAAGGACAGGCCCCCACCUGCCGUGAUCAAGGAGACCAACAUGCAGGACGGGAGCGUGCAGUACAUCAGCCAGCACACCACACAUUGCGCAGUCACCUUCCAGAAUGCAUUGUUGUACGAACUGGAUUGAUUUUGCCCUGCUAAGCUUUGGCAGGGACCCACAUUUACAUGGAAUUGUGACCUGUCCCAAGGAUUUAGAGAAUCUCUGAAGACAAAGGGCAACUCCUUUAGGUCCAGUUGACUUGUUUUGACCUGAAUAUGCUCUAGCUGGAGAGCAGCACACAGGCCUUUGCUCGGUUUAUUAUUCUGAGCUUUCCUUCCUUGUAGUUGCUCCUUCGUUUCUGCCUUGAUAAGCCAGGAAUUCAGUUUGAAGUGUCUUAGAAAGUUGUGGGAUCUCACAAUGCCUGUUUACAUUCACAAGGGUUGUGUGUGCAAUGCCUUUCCUUCCACUUUCCCUCUAUCUUGGGCCAGUUCUCUUCAACUAAAUGGCAAAGAGCAGCCUAAUCUUUGGGCUAAACACUCUUUUUCAAAUCCUCACCUCAUUAUAGGACACUUCUCAGGUGCAAAUCCGGUCAUAGAACAGGUAGACCCUCCAGAACUUGCUAAACUACAGUUCCCUUCAUCCCUUCCCCUUGCCUGUCCUCAGUGGGGCUUAUUGUAGGUGUCUAGCAGAAGCAGAAUGGCCACACAGUCCCUAUUAUAUGUACCUUUUAUACUGUUUAACCAUCCCACCAGUAGAACAAUGUACCAAUACCAAACCAGGUAAACCUGUUUGCUUCCGCAGCACCUGCCAAAACGAACCCUUCCUUCCUUAUGUGCAUCAUUUUUUGUCACUUUGAUAUUGGUGACCCUGCUCCUGCCAUUCUUGUGAGGAAAAUACAGACCUCUGGGAAGUCUAUUUUUCUCAAGCCCUAAUUUGGGUGGCCCAUCUCUCUCAUACCAAAUACAAAUCUCUUGCUUUCAAAGCAAGUGCGAGUAAACAGCCAUCCUUUUUGCUGCCCCACUGUAGAGCACACAAACACUGCUUCAGAUUUAGACACAGGUUGGAAAAGCUGGGCGGAGGGGCUCCUGCCAGGAAUCCGAAUAUCACCUUUAACUUGUUCAAGACUGAGAUGGAGCGGAGAGACUUCAAAGGACCCAAUACAAACUCCCUCCUGCCUUAUAAAAAUCCUAGGAAAUAUAUUUCCAUAUCAAGAAGAUCAAGGCCUGGGAUAUAGAGUUCAUUUUCUGAUGGGAAACGCACAAACUUUACGAAGAACACCCCAAUGGAUAGUGCUUUAAAAAUGGGAUGGAUGGCUUAGUUCAGCCUCCCAAAAACCAACUUUUUGAUAGUUCUGAUUCUAGGAACAGCCUCACAACUCAGUCUCUCUCAUAGACAAUACUGUUGCUUAGCUAUUGCUGAAGUGCCUUAUUUCUCCUCUCCUCCUUCCUCACCCAAACCUCUUUUUGAACUGUUUGUUCAAUGGAGCCGUCCAAACCUGAAAGCUGAAUGGUUUCAAUAUCAGAAGGCUAGUAGUUGUACAGUUGUUUUUUGGUUUCGUUCCUGAAAUAGUUGCCAAGUUCUUCAUCAACGCUGUUCUUUUUACAUGUUGUGUUUUUUAUACAAAUCCUUUAAGUUUGUAAUAAUUUGAAAUAAAAUAGAUUAUUCCAAACCA